UAACAAACAAGUUAUUCUGUGGUUCAAAGGUCUAUGAUAAUAAUUGAUAAGAUAUAAUAAUUAUUAUCAGGUCUAUGGUUAUAUAUUACCACGGUCUAGAAGAUCCGUGUAUAUUACCAGAAAACAAUUAUUCUGAGGUAUACUAACUGGUAUAGUGAUAUGUGGUGUAUAAGGUGAUAACAAAAUAGAAAACUGAAAAAUUACGAUUUAAGAUAUUAGAUGGUGAUAAGUGAAAAUAAUACAAUAUAUUUUUCAAUUUUGGUUUUGGUACAACGUUUUUAUAAUAUUAUUUAAGAUGGAUUCAGAUUUGAAAGAUUUAGAUCUUUAUGGAAUACUAGAGAUCCAACAGUCAGCUACUGAAAAGGAGAUUAAAACGGCAUAUCGGAAGAAAGCUCUACAAUGCCAUCCAGAUAAAAAUCCUGACAAUCCCAAAGCAGCUCAAUUGUUCUUGCAGUUAUCUAAAAUAUUAACUAUUCUUACAGACACAGCAGCUCGAUUAGCUUAUGACAAGUUAGUAAAUGCUAAAAUUGCCGCAAAAUUACGAGAAAAGGAAUAUGAUUCAAAAAGAAAGAAACUAAUAGAUGAUCUUGCUAAAAGAGAAAAUGAAGCAUUAGCAAAUCAAAAAAAUACAGUGGAACGCAAUUUUGAGAAAGAACUGGAGCGUUUAAGAAAAGAAAGUUCAUCUUUACUUGCAAAAGAAAGAGCCCGUGUUAAUGAGCUGCUUAGGCAGCAAGAAACUGAAAAAGAAAAGAUUGGUUCAUUCAAAUUAAAAGUUAAGUGGAAGGAAAAUGGAGUGUAUAAUAAAGACAAUUUAACAUCAUUAUUCUCUAAGUAUGGCGACGUAUUAACAGUUGUGGUUCUGGAAAACAAAAAAUGUGUUGCUCUUGUUGAGUACAAGUCUAAGACUUCUGCUAUAAACGCCAAAAAUUUGGAAGUUGGUUAUCCAAAUUGUCCUCUAAUUGUGAGUUUUCUCGGGGAUUAUGGACAAGAAACUAAAAAGAGUACUACUAAUCAUACUUCUGCUACAAAUCCUAGUACUAUAUUUUCAACUUAUCAAAAUCCAAAUGACAAUCAUGCUGAAAAUACCUCAUCUGCACAAGCUUUUUCGGAUUAUGAAGCAAUGAUACUUGAGAGAUGUAGAAAAGCUAAUAAACCACAACAAGAAAAUAGUAAUUCAAACAAAAUAAAUACACAAGAACCUUGGGUAUUAUGAGAAGUCUAACAUAUUUGAUUUACAUAAUUAAUAAUUUAAUUUAAUUAUUAUUAAUACUCGUAGAUAUUAUGUACAUAUGUAAAUAUUUAUAAAUAUUUUUUUUUCAUCCUUGAUUGACAAUAGAACAUUAAAGAUAUCUACCAGGCAAUCAGAAAAAAAAUCCCCAAAAUAUUAAAAAAAUAAUUUCUGAAAAAAAUUCUAACACUGUAUAAGAACAAAUAAAUGUGGAAUUGUGAAAAUACAAAAACAAAAGUUAUAAUAUAUACUUACUCGUUAUUAGUUAUUACUUGUUAAAUUCCUGUUCGGUUUUUAAUGGAGUAUUAAAAUAUAAUUUUGAUCUGAAACAUCAUAUUAUGAUUCAAGUUAUUAACUUUGCUUCUUAAAAAUGUUUAGUACUGCUUACUUUCAACUUUUAUCACUAUUUUGUCAAUAACGUCAACUAAGUCAAUAACGUUCCGAAAAAUGCAAAAACUAGGAUUUACCACAUUGUGACUAAAUGGAUGAGUAUUGACUGUUUUAAAACACUAAUACCUUAAAAUUAUCUUUAACAUUAAUUUAAAUAUCACAUUUGGAUUAAUUUAAUUAUACUUUAACGGAAACAGUACCGGUUUUUCAAAUUUUCCUCAAUUCUAUAAAAUUUGAAAAUUAUAUUUUAACCACUAAUCUAUUGUCGGAAUUUAUAAAUAACUGUACUAUUUUAAUUUAUAAUAUACUGACUAUUAUCACAGGUAAAAUAUUAAAACUAAAAAAUUAAUUUAAAAAAAAGCGGUUAAGUGGAUAUCGCUCUGCUGUACAGUAAGUUACAAGUGAGUCACUGUAAUGAAUGGUGUUCAAUUUGAAUUCAAUGAUAUAAUAUCAUUGUAUAAGAAAAACGAUUCUGAGCGAAGACGGUCAAGUCAGCCUAUGAUAUUAGUAUAAUACU